AUGGCGCCAGCGCAGAAUUUCUCCACCACGCGCCGGGCCUGUCAGCAGGAACAGCCCAUAGAAACAUAUCCCGUGGACUUGGCCCGCAAAACCACCAAGCACGUGCUCUCACGGAAGACGUUUUUGGUGGACUACUACAAAUAUUUGAACGACAACAACGAAAUCGUGUUGUAUGCCCACCACAACAACUUGUUGAAGAACGACACGUUGAAGGUGCGGGCGGACCUCAAGAAGCUGGGCGCCAAGUUGACGUAUGUGCGCAACAACUUGUACGGCGUAUACUUGCGCUCGGAAAACGAGGCCGACCCGGCCUUGCACAAAAACACCUUGAAGAACAAGAAAAAAAACCACCCGUUGGAGCAGUUGCUCAACGGGCCCACCGCCGUGAUCACCAUCCCGCUGUGUGACCCUGCCGGCGUGGCGCUGGUGAUGAAGGUGUUGAAGCAGGCGGGCGAGAAGCUCUUUUUGAUCGGCGCACGCAUCGAGACCGGCGUCUACAGCGCUGCGCAGGUGGAAGAGUUCAAGACGUUGCCUUCGAAAGACGAGUUGCGCGGCCAGUUGGCCGGCUUGUUGUCUGUUUUGGGUGGCGCGGGCUUGGUGCGCACCUUGGAGUCGGCUGGAACGGGGCUUUAUUUGACCUUGGGCCAGCGGGAGAAGGAUCUUGGCGGCGACGACGACGCCUCUCCAUUGGACAACUGA